CCCAGAACAGAGGAGCACCGCGGAGGAGAGAAUUUAACUCACAAGUUUUUAACUUCUUUUGGACAAGGAUUCUCAUUUGAUGACAGAAACAGAGAGUGGAUAUUCACAGCGUUCAGGAUAAAGUGGGGAGCUGGAGCGUACUCAGUGAGGUUGGGAAGACGACGUCAACAUGGCCGUCUCCACUCAGCUGGGUUUACUGCUUUGGAAGAACUUCACCUACAGACGGAGACAGACAAUCCAGCUGCUGAUUGAGAUCAUCUGGCCUCUCUUCAUCUUCUUCAUCCUGAUCUCGGUCCGAAUCCAUUAUCCUCCCUACGAGCAGCAUGAAUGCCAUUUCCCCAACAAGGCCAUGCCGUCAGCGGGAACCCUCCCCUGGGUUCAAGGCAUCAUCUGCAACGCCAACAACCCCUGCUUCCGUAACCCCACGCCCGGCGAGACUCCCGGGGUGGUGGGAAACUUUAAUGAUUCUAUAAUCUCCCGACUGUUCAUCGACGCCAAGAAGAUCCUGCUGUUCUCUCAGAACGAUAAGAGCUAUGAGGGCUACAAAGGACUGCUGAGGGCUCUGAGGAAGCUGCAGAAGAACACAGCUCGUUUCAAGCUGAAGGACUUUCUGCGGGACAAUGAGACCCUUUCCCACUUCCUGCACCACAACGCCUCUCUCCCUCAUCACGCGCUGAAGCAGAUCGUGGAGGCCGACGUCAAUCUGGAGAAGGUCCUGACCAAAGGUUUCGGCUUCCACCUCAGAGACCUCUGCAACGCCACCCCGCUGGAGGAGUUUGUCCACAUCGCCGACAGCAACGUGACCCGCCUGACUCAAGAAAUCAUCUGCAAAUCCUCCAGCGAUUGGCUGAACAAGGCACAGAGCCACUUCCUGUCCAACUUAGACUUUCUCAAACCCAUUCGGAAGGAUGUCAGGGCCGACCCCAAAGUCGUCCAGGAAGUCUCAGCUGCCACCGACAACCUUCUGCAGAACCUGGGAGGGCUCGCUGUGGAGCUUGCCGGUAUGAACAGCUGGAAGGAAAUGCGUAAGGAGAUCCUUUAUCUGACCGCAAACGCCACCGGCUCCCCCAACCAGAUGUACCAGGCCGUGUCCCGUAUUGUCUGCGGGCACCCAGAGGGGGGCGGCCUCAAGAUCAAGUCCCUCAACUGGUACGAGGACAACAACUACAAGGCGUUGUUCGGAAACCAUGGCAACGACAGCGACAGCGAUCCCGUCUCCGCUUACGACAACUCGUCCACUCCGUAUUGUAACAGCAUGAUGAGGAGCCUGGAGUCCAGCCCCAUCUCCAGGAUGAUCUGGAGAGCUCUGAAGCCUCUGCUCAUGGGGAAGAUCCUGUACACCCCCGAUACUCCGGCAACCCAGAGAAUUAUCCACGAGGUUAAUAAGACGUUCCAGGAGCUCGGCGUGCUGAGGGAUCUCGGAGGCAUGUGGGAGGAGAUGAGGCCCAAAGUCUGGAGCUUCAUGGAGAACAGCGAGGAAAUGGACCUGGUCAGGACUCUGCUCCAGAACAACGCCAGCGCCGCCUUCUUUAAUGCGCAGCUCAGUGGGACCGAGUGGCGCGUGUCGGACGUGUCCAACUUUCUGUCCAAGUUGUCGGAGGACCAAAGACCCGCAGGAUCGGCCUACACCUGGAGGGAAGUCUUCAACGAGACGGACCAGGCCAUACAGACCAUCUCACGCUUCAUGGAGUGUGUGAACCUGGACAAGCUGGAGCCAGUCGCCAACGAGGAGCGUCUGGUCAACAAGUCCAUGGGUCUACUGGACAACCAGAAGUUCUGGGCAGGGAUUGUGUUUCCUGACAUCGCGCACAACAACAGCACCGACUUACCUCCCAACGUCAACUACAAUCGCAUGGACAUCGAUAAUGUGGAGAGGACAAACAAGAUCAAGGAUGGGUAUUGGGACCCCGGUCCCAGGGCAGACCCCUUCGAGGACCUUCGGUACAUCUGGGGCGGAUUUGCUUACCUGCAGGACGUCGUCGAGCACGGGAUCAUCAGAGCCAUCACCGGCAGUAAAGAGAGGACGGGGAUCUACAUUCAGCAGAUGCCUUACCCCUGCUACGUCGACGACAUUUUCCUGCGAGUGAUGAGCCGCUCCAUGCCUCUCUUCAUGACCCUGGCGUGGAUGUACUCCGUGGCCAUCAUCAUCAAGGGCGUGGUGUACGAGAAGGAGGCUCGUCUGAAGGAGACCAUGAGGAUCAUGGGACUGAACAACGGCACCCUGUGGCUCAGCUGGUUCAUCAGCAGCUUGAUCCCGCUGCUGAUCAGCGCCGCCUUGUUGGUGGUGUUAUUAAAGAUGGGAAAUCUGCUGCCUUACAGUGACCCAGGCGUGGUCUUUCUUUUCCUGGGAUCCUUUGGCGUCGUCACCAUCAUGCAGUGUUUCCUCAUCAGCACCAUGUUCUCUCGCGCCAACCUGGCAGCCGCCUGCGGGGGCAUCAUAUACUUCACCCUCUACCUUCCCUAUGUGCUGUGUGUGGCAUGGCAGGACUACGUCGGCUUCGCAGCCAAAGUUAUAGUGAGCCUGCUGUCUCCUGUGGCUUUUGGUUUCGGCUGUGAGUACUUCGCCUUGUUUGAGGAGCAGGGCGUUGGGAUCCAAUGGUCCAACCUGCUGGCCAGCCCUCUGGAGGAAGACAGCUACAACCUGACCACCUCUAUCUGCCUCAUGCUGUUUGACGCUUUUCUGUACGGUAUGACAUGGUACAUCGAGGCAGUGUUCCCUGGUCAGUACGGGAUUCCCAGGCCGUGGUACUUCCCUUUCACGAGGACGUACUGGUGCGGAGAGAAGGAGAACCACAACCUCUCCACCCCUAUAUCUAAGAAGGGAAACGCUGAAGCUGUGUGCAUCGAGGAGGAGCCAGGCCACAUCGAGCCAGGCGUUUACAUCGAGAAUCUGGUGAAAGUCUACAGUCAUGGAAACAAGCUGGCCGUAGACGGACUGUCCCUGAGGUUUUACAACGGACAGAUCACCUCCUUCCUCGGCCACAACGGAGCGGGAAAGACCACCACCAUGUCGAUCCUGACGGGGUUGUUUCCACCGACCUCUGGAACAGCCUACAUCCUCGGCAAAGACAUCCACGAGCUCAGCGCCAUCCGGCAGAAUCUGGGCGUCUGUCCCCAGCACAACGUACUUUUCAGCAUGCUGACGGUGGAGGAACACAUCUGGUUCUACGCCCGUCUGAAGGGGUUGCCCGAGGAGAUGGUGAAGGCUGAGAUGGAGCAAAUCGUGAAUGAUGUCGGACUGCCGCACAAGCGCCAGUCCCGCACGAGCACGCUGUCCGGAGGGAUGCAGAGGAAGCUGUCUGUGGCUCUGGCGUUUGUUGGAGGCUCAAAGGUCGUGAUCCUUGAUGAACCGACUGCUGGGGUCGAUCCCUACGCACGCAGGGGCAUCUGGGACCUUCUGCUAAAAUACAGACAAGGCCGCACCAUCAUCCUCUCCACCCAUCACAUGGAUGAAGCCGACAUCCUGGGGGACCGCAUCGCCAUCAUCUCUCACGGCAAGCUGUGCUGCGUCGGCUCCUCGCUCUUCCUGAAGACCCAGCUGGGCACGGGCUACUACCUGACCCUGGUCAAGAGGGACUACGACCUGACGCUUCAGUCGUGCAGGAACUCUGCCAGCACCGUCUCUUACUGCAAGAAGGCCGAGAAGGAGGACAGUGUAUCAGAGAGCAGCUCAGACGCCGGUCUAGGCAGCGAACCAGAGAGUGAAACCACCACGAUUGAUGUGUCCCUCAUCUCCAACGUGAUCUUCAAGCACGUCCACGAGGCCCGCCUGGUUGAGGAUCUCGGCCAUGAGAUCACGUACAUCUUACCUUACCAGUCAGCUAAAGAUGGAGCCUUUGUGGAGCUCUUCCACGAGCUGGACGACCGACUCACCGACCUGGGAAUAUCCAGCUAUGGAAUAUCUGAUACCACCCUGGAAGAGAUUUUCCUGAAAGUGGCUGAAGACAGUGGAGUGGAUGCUGUUGAGCUUUCAGACGGAGUCGUUCCAACCCGGACCCGCCGCCAUCAUGCCUUCGGAGACCACCAGUCCUGCCUGAAGCCCUUCACCGAAGACGACUUUGAUUUUAACGACUCUGAAGGUGACCCAGAAUCCCGUGAGACCGAUUGGCUCAGCGGAACAGACGGCAAAGGUUCGUACCAGGUGAAAGGAUGGAGCCUGAAGAGGCAGCAGUUUGUUGCACUGCUCUGGAAACGGUUCCUCUACGCUCGGCGCUCCAGGAAAGGCUUUUUUGCUCAGAUCGUUCUUCCCGCUGUGUUUGUGUGCAUCGCCCUCAUCUUCAGUCUGAUUGUUCCUCCUUUUGGAAAGUACCCGAGUCUGGCUCUGGAUCACAGCAUGUACGGAGAGCAGUUCACCUUCAUCAGUAAUGACCUUCCUGAAGACCCUCACAUCAACAAACUACUUGGAGCUCUGACGGAUAAACCAGGAUUUGGAACUCGCUGCAUGGGAGGACAGCCGAUACCGGACGGUCACUGUACCGAGGUCAAGGACGAGUGGUCGGUCCCACCGGUCUCGCCGAGUGUGAAGGACUUGUUCGACACAGGGAACUGGUCCAUGGAGGACCCGUCUCCCCUGUGUGAGUGCAGCUGUGGCGGACGCAAGAGGAUGCUGCCAGAGUGUCCCGCUGGUGCCGGGGGACUCCCACCACCGCAGAUGAUGAUCAGUGAGAAAGACACUCUUCAGAAUUUGACCGGCAGAAACGUCUCCGACUACCUGGUGAAAACCUACGCUCAGAUCAUCGGCAAAAGCUUGAAGAAGAUCUGGGUCAACGAGUUCAGAUACGGCGGCUUCUCGCUGGGCGCCAGGAGCUCUCAGCUUCUUUCCCAAACCGAUAACAUCGACGACGCGAUCACUCAGCUGAGGAGACGCUUCCGCCUGGAGAGAGGAACUGCAGCAGAUCGUUUCUUUCACAGCCUCUCCAGUUUUAUCGAAGGAUUGGACACCAAGAAUAACGUCAAGAUCUGGUUCAACAACAAGGGCUGGCACAGCAUCGGCUCCUUCCUCAACGUGAUGAACAACGGCAUCCUGCGGGCGAGUCUGAAAGGCGGCAAAGACCCGGCGAAGUUUGGCAUCACCGCUUACAAUCACCCGCUCAACCUCACCAAGGAGCAGCUGUCACAAGUCGCACUGAUGACCACAUCGGUGGACGUGCUGGUGUCCAUCUGCGUGAUUUUCGCCAUGUCCUUUGUUCCGGCCAGUUUUGUGGUGUUCCUCAUCCAGGAGAGAGUGAACAAGGCCAAGCACCUGCAGUUCAUCAGCGGAGUGCAGCCUUUCCUCUACUGGCUGGCCAACUUCGUCUGGGAUAUGUGUAACUACAUCGUGCCUGCGACUCUGGUCAUCAUCAUCUUCAUGUGUUUCCAACAAGACGCCUACGUCUCCUCCACCAACCUGCCCGUUCUUGCUCUGCUGCUGCUGCUCUAUGGAUGGUCGAUCACGCCUCUGAUGUACCCGGCUUCAUUCUUCUUUAAGAUCCCCAGCACGGCCUACGUGGUCCUGACCAGCGUCAACAUACUGAUUGGAAUAAACGGCAGCGUCUCCACGUUUGUUCUGGAGCUGUUUGGAAGCAAUGAAAUCGGCGGCAUCAACAACAUCCUGAAGAACGUGUUCCUCAUCUUCCCUCACUUCUGUCUCGGCCGAGGGUUGAUUGACAUGGUGAAGAAUCAGGCCAUGGCUGACGCUUUGGAGAGAUUUGGUGAAAACCGGUUCCGCUCCCCUCUGGCCUGGGACAUGGUGGGGAAAAACCUGUUUGCAAUGGCGGUAGAGGGCGUGGUCUUCUUCUGCAUCACCGUCCUCAUUCAGUACCGCUUCUGCAUCAAAGCCAGGUCGUCCACCAGUCACCUGAAGCCGAUCGGAGAGGAGGACGAGGACGUGGCCAGAGAGCGGCAGAGGAUCCUGAGCGGAGCGGGACAGUCGGACAUCCUGGAGCUCAGACAGCUCACCAAGAUUUACAAGCGGAAACAGAAGCCAGCAGUGGACCGGCUGUGUGUGGGCAUCCCCCCUGGAGAGUGCUUUGGUUUGCUGGGAGUGAACGGCGCGGGGAAAACCAGCACCUUCAAGAUGCUGACAGGAGACUCUGUGGUCACCGGCGGAGAGGCCUACCUAGCUGGCAAGAGUGUGAACACAGAGAUAGACGAGGUGCAUCAGAAUAUGGGCUACUGCCCUCAGUUCGACGCCAUCAACGACCUCCUGACUGGCAGAGAGCACCUCGAGUUUUACGCCAUCCUGAGGGGAGUGCAGAAGGAAGUGUGCGAGGUGGCAGAGUGGGGCAUCAGGAAGCUGGGCUUGGUGAAAUAUGUGGACAAAUCAGCGGGCAGCUACAGUGGAGGAAACAUGAGGAAACUGUCCACCGCCAUCGCCCUCAUUGGAGGACCUCCGGUGGUCUUUCUGGACGAGCCAACCACAGGCAUGGACCCUAAAGCACGCCGCGCUCUGUGGAACGCCAUCCUGAGCAUCAUCAAAGAGGGCCGAUCCGUAGUCCUCACCUCACACAGCAUGGAGGAGUGUGAAGCGCUCUGCACCAGAAUGGCCAUCAUGGUCAACGGCAGGUUCCGCUGUUUGGGCAGCGUGCAGCAUCUCAAAAACAGGUUCGGCGAUGGAUACACCAUCAUCCUGAGGGUGGCGGGCCCGGACCCAGACCUCCGGCCGGUGAUGGGGUUCAUCGAGCGGGAGCUUCCUGGCAGCACGCUGAAGGAGAAACACCGCAACAUGCUGCAGUACCAGCUGCCAUCCUCCCUUACCUCGCUCGCCCGCAUCUUCUCCCUGCUCUCUACCAACAAGGAGGCGCUCAGCAUAGAGGACUACUCCGUCUCCCAGACCACCCUAGACCAAGUGUUUGUAAACUUUGCCAAGGACCAAAGCGACGAGGACCAUUUGAAAGACGUCCACCUGAACAAGAGGGACGCUGUGGUCGUGGACAUUUCCCAGCUGAACUCUUUCCUAACGGACGACAAGACCAGGGAGAGCUGCGUCUGACUCCACCGCUCACCAUCAGCUGAGGAGCUGAGACGCCCUUACCCAUCCACCAUCUCCCCCUCCCCCCUCACCCAGAAAAACAUGGACCACUAACCUUUGUGGGGGGGACAGACUAUGUUCUUUUAUUUUUAAUUCUAUUUUGUAGUCUUUUUUAAUUGUUAUCAUUUCUCAGUGGACCUGCACUUCAGCGCACAGCCUCCUGAAGAAGGCAGAGACUGCAGACACUGGAGCGAUGAAAACUCAAUGCAAAUCAAUGCAAGAAAUAUAUAAAAACAUAUAUUUAAAGAUGAGAAGAUAUUCCUGUGAGGGGUGGAGACAGGUGCUCCCUCCUUCACUAAGAAAGAGACUCCGAACACUUGAAGGGUCAGCGGGAUUCAAAUCCUGCACUCGACUGGAACUCUUCUUGUAGCCCUGCUGCUCGCUCAGCGAACACGACGUCGGGGACGACUGAAGGAAACAUCUCGACCUGUGCUCCUCAAAGUAAUCAGCGAUCGAUAGUGAGACUGUGUGUGUGCUACUCUCACCAAAAGCUUUGAUCAUUCACUGCCAGAAGGACAGACUAUUUUUUUAUUCUUGCUCUUUCUUCGUUACCAAGCGCAGUUGUUUUGUAACGGGCAUAAAGAAACUUUUACAGUCCCUCUGAUUUCACUCACAGACAGAAAUCAUGCAAAUAUUCAUUUCUACUAAUUCGAUUUGUUUCGCAUUAUUUAAUUCUAACAGAUGAAACCUCUACAGAGUGUUUUCUGUCAACAACAAGUAAGACUGAUGACGAGGCCGUCGUCUUUUUUUCUCGUCGUCCUCUUGUCAUCGACAUCGUCCAGCACCGUGCCUAUACUGUAUCAUGGUGGAGAGAGAAAUCUGAGCACUCCAUUGAAGUAUGUGGGCUGCUAAGGAAUGUAUACGAGCGAUACCAUCAUGCAUCCAAGCACAACAAAAAGUGAGCUUUUUGUGAAGAUGAUGAACUCGACUGUUUCUUUUUAUUUUUUAUUUUAUUGUGUCGUUUCAUUGUCAAAAACAAACAAAAAAAAAAUCUUGUGGUUGCUCGAUGUCUGUACAUGACGGCGCAGUCUGCUACACUGGCCGGUUUUUUACUCGCCCUGGAACUGAAGGACGACCGGAACAGAGCCACGAUGACCAAUCACGACCUGGCAGGUGUGACUGUAACGAGAAAGCUGAAGAUGUAUUUGUGGCAGGGGGCUUUUGUAAGAUGGAAAUAUAUACCGCAUGCUUUCCACUCUGGGCCGCACACACCUAGACUAUCAGCACCUCUGUGUGUGUGUGUGUGUGUGUGCAGGUGCGUGUGUGUGUGCAGGAGCAUGCCGUAAGAUCAGCUUGUAACGGAGCGGAGUCAACUGAAAUGUGCUUCAUUGUUGUCGCAUUACUGUCGCAUACAGAAACGUGGAGUCUAAAUCAAAGUUUUCUUGUAAAAAAAAAAAAAUCUGUAUGAAAAUGAAAAUGUGAUUUUUUUAGGGCGAGAUAAAUGAGAAAGAAAACGUUUCUGUGUCGCUUCCACACGUGAGAGGACACUGUCACAUCUCCUCCUCCUCGUGUGGCGAUCUUUUAAGCGGCGAGAACCUUUUCCUUUUUCUGUGCGAGGGCUCCACCAUGGAGAGAGUUUUAUAAAAACCUGAGCCAGCUCCAAUGUGGAUAUUAUGUACAGUAGCAGUUUUGUGAUGUUGAGUCAGAAAAAUACAAACAUUAUCUGUGCCAAAAGGA